UGCCUGAUCAGAAUUUGCUAACGGUUGGUUGGCAGGCUAAGCUAACCUGGCUGUCAGUUGCUGAGGGCGGUGACAGCUGAGAAUAUUUCUCCUUAUCUUUGAACUCAGAACAAUCGCCGCGAUGUUCGAGGAAGCCAGUGAAGUGUUUGACAACAUGUUUAAGUCCUCGUUUCCCCUCACCUUCAUUGUGUUCAUCCCCGCGGUGCUCAUUCUGGUGGCACCGCUCCCGGCCGAGGCGGCUCAUGAGUUCACGGUGUAUCGCAUGCAGCAGUACGACCUACAGGGACAGCCAUACGGUACCAGGAAUGCCAUCCUGAACACAGAGGCUCGUACUGUGGAGGCAGAGGUACUAAGUCGCCGCUGUGUUGUCAUGCGACUGGCGGACUUCUCUUAUGACAAGUACCAGAAAGCCCUGCGCCAGUCAGCUGGGGCUGUGGUCAUCAUCCUGCCCAAGAACAUGUCUGCUAUGCCGCAAGACAUAGUACAGCAGUUCAUGGAGUUGGAGCCAGAGAUGUUGGCUACCGAGACCAUCGUCCCCGUCUACUUUGCCAUGGAGGACGAUGAGCUGCUGUCGAUUUACACUCAAACACUGACUUCCUCCUCCUCACAGGGCUCUUUAUCAGCAGCUGAAGUCCUGCUGCAUACAGCCACAGCCAAUGGCUUUCAGAUGGUGACUAGUGGAGCUCAGAGCAAAGCCAUCAGUGACUGGGCCAUCACCAGUUUAGAGGGUCGUCUAGCUGGAGUUGGAGGAGAGGACCUGCCCACUAUUGUCGUGGUGGCUCAUUACGAUUCCUUUGGUGUUGCUCCAUGGCUGUCCUAUGGAGCAGACUCAAACGGCAGCGGAGUGUCGAUGUUACUAGAGCUGGCACGUCUCUUCUCCAAACUUUACACCUACAAGAGGACGCACGCUGCGUAUAACUUGCUGUUCUUUGUGUCUGGUGGAGGAAAGUUUAACUACCAGGGCACCAAACGUUGGCUAGAGGACAAUCUAGACCACACAGACUCUAGUCUGCUGCAGGACAACGUUGCGUUCGUGUUGUGUCUGGACACUCUGGGGAACGGAGACACUCUACAUCUCCAUGUGUCCAAACCUCCUAAAGAAGGAACCCCUCAGUAUUCUCUGCUCAAAGAACUGGAGAUGGUCGUUUCUAGUCAGUACCCAGAGGUUAAGUUCUCCAUGGUCCACAAGAAAAUCAACCUGGCUGACGACAUGCUGGCCUGGGAGCACGAACGCUUCGGGAUCCGCCGGCUGCCGGCCUUCACUCUAUCCCAUCUGCCCUCGCACCGCGUGGCUCAGCGCUCCAGCAUCAUGGACGUGCGGUCAGUGUCCCCCUCCUCUCGCCACGGAGCGGGAGAGCCCCCUGCUGGGCCACAUGUAGAUGUGAGGAAGCUGAGCCGAAACACUAAAGUGGUAGCAGAGGCAUUGGCCAGGGUCAUCUACAAUCUCACAGAAAAGGGAGCUCCCGGAGACCUGCAGAUAUUCACAGAACAAAUGCAGGUGCAGGACGAGCAGCUCUCGGCAGUAGUGGACUGGCUCACAGCGCAGCCCCGGGCCGCUCAGCUGGUGGACAAAGACAGCAGCGUGGUGUCCACCCUGGAGUAUCAUCUCGGACGCUACCUCAAGGACGUCAAGAGACACUAUGUCAAAGCUGACAAAAGGGAUCCGGAGUUUGUAUUCUACGACCAGCUGAAGCAGACGAUGAAUGCUUACAGAGUGAAGCCGGCUAUUUUUGACCUGCUGCUGGCUGUCUGCAUUGCAGCCUAUUUAGGGAUGAUGUAUCUGGCUAUCCAGAACUUUGGAGUCCUGUACAGCGUCGUCCGCAGAAUCACCCAGCCCAAAGCCAAGGCUCACUAAGGCGUACAACACUCCUCUCUCCAGUUUGCUACUGUACCUUUCUCUUCAAAUCAACAAACUCUAGCCAGUAAGACGCAGAAGCUGGACCGCGCUGCUGUCCUCGUGAUGGUUUCCAAACCAGCAGAAUCACUUCCAUUUCUUUCAUCCUUAAUGCACAAACUACGAUGUCAGAUCCUGUCUUGCUGCCAACUUGAUCCAUUUGGUGUCACGGAUCAGAAUUAUCAGGAAUCAUUUUUCCUCUCCGCUGACAUUGUCCACGUGCUCCUUGUGUUGGAUACGUUUCACUGUUUAACUUUCACUGAGGGAUGUUAUCCAUUUUUUCCACACUUAGAUGAGCUUGAGUUUCCUCCGUUUCUCUACUAAUCACUGUUCUUCUCUGUUUCCUUCUUCUCGCUGCUCUUUACGAGCCAAACCAACAUCAUGUGUUGUCUCAGGCAGCUACAGGGUGAAGCUGACCACAUGUUUAAAGUUUAAUCCAGAAUUUGUUUGGUCAAGAGAUGUUUCUUUCUUUUUUUCUCUUUUUUUGUGAAAGGAUGAGGUCACAAGUCUUUCUUGGUGCAAUAUCCACAUGCCCUUAUUUACUUGUUGUAUUUUCUUCUUCACACUGAGAAGUAAUGUUAAUUAAAACAUAGAGGGGAAAAAUACACCUCAGCUUAAACCAUCUUUCAUCUCUUUAAGGUUGCAGUUUAUAUGCUCCUGUCAGAAAACUGUGACAUUGCUCAUCAGAGCUCUGCAUCUUCAGCUUCUGUCAGACUACUAGUUCAAUAGACAAAGCGUCAGUUUGCAACUGGAAGGAAAUGAAUAAAAUAAAUAAAAAAGCUCUGAGCAGCAGUUGUUUGGCAUUUGUGCUUAAUCAAUAAAUCAUUUCCUGCAUAGUUGUUUCUCAUUUCCCUGUGAUGUGACAGAAAGCGUCAUCCAUGAGCUCCGUCUGAAUCCAUGGGGGCAUGUGGGUGUUGUAUGAAGAUGGGACGCUGAUCUCGUCCUUUACUCUAAUACUGUUUACAUUAAAGACAAGCUGUCUAAAUGAAAUGUGAAGUAGUGUUUAGAUGAUUCCAUUGCCUUGGUAGGUUUUUUUUUUUGGAAGGAAAACCAUUGCCAAAUUUUAAUAAUAAUAAUGUAUGAAUCUCCCCUUUUAAUGUAGGUGUGUAGUCGUAUAAAUUUUCACCUUUACAUUCUUGCUUGUUGUGCCUCCUAUUUCUGCAGGUGAGGUUUGUUUGCUGAGUGACUUGCUGUGUCUUUUUUUUUUUUUUCCUCCCUCCAUUGAUGAGAUCCUAAAAUGACUUUUCUGGUGAAAUGCGUUCAUCUGAGGACUUGCUACACAAGGUCAAACAAACAUGUUUUCUUGUCUAAUCGGAAAACUCGUUUGUGUUUGAGGUGCAAUUUGCCAACACAUCGCGAGCAGAUAAAACUUCCCCUUUACUCCCGUUUUUUUUUUUUUUUUUUACUUCAGCAGAAUCAUGUUGCAAUGAAUGGGACCUUUGGCAGACUUAACAAAAAAAAAUAAAAAAUGACAUGUUUAAAGUCUUGUUAAGAUAUUGGCCAAGGCAGCGCUGCUGUAUUUAAACACAGGAUGUCUUAAAUGGGCCAUGGCAGAAAAAAGUAAAAUAUCUUUAAGAACUGGUUUAUGUGUAAUAAAUACCACAAUGCUGCCUUGACCUGUUUUAUAAUGCUCAUGUGUUGCUGCAUGACCUGUGACCCCUCCCCCCAGUCGCCAUGGUAACAACGACAGGUCUUUUUAUGCGCCAACACGAGGGAAUUACUGUAUGUGGUGUUUUAAUUUAUUGGUUUGUUGUUGUUUGUGCACUGAAAUGAUCUCUCCUCUGAACUCUUGUUUCACCUCAUCCACAACACUUGAUCUUUGCAAUGAAAAUGAUAUCGAUUGUGAUUUAAAAAUAAAAAAAAUAAAUGGCUGAAAAGGACAAAGAAAAUCA